GCGGGACGACGCCGUACGCGUUUUAAAAAUAUGUAAUCUCGCCUUAGAUCAGGACAGACAGCUAAAAAGCGUGUUGUAGCUUAAUGUUUGGGAGCCCUGACUUGUGGAGCGGAAGGAGUUUGGGCUGGAUCCAGACCGACGACGAUGGUCCGUGUUGUCAGUUUAUCAGCGCAGAUUUGGACCGAGAUGAGAUAGACCACAGCCCGCCGUUUGCCCACAGCUGCCUGCUCUCUUUUUCAACCACCUUUCACUUUUUGUCCACGUUUUAAAGGAGUGAGUUUUAUUUAUUUUUUUGGAGAAAAGGGGAAAAAGUGCGGACGAGAAGGCGGCUGGUUCGUCGCCGAAGCAGGAAAGGAUGUGAGCUGUCUGGAUGAAGCCUCUGCCUUUGAGAAGUGACUUCCCUCCACUCUUCAAACGGAGCCAGACGCGUGUUAGACGCACUUUUACCUGAAAUACUUUGGCCACUGAGGGACACUUUGCUAUGGGAGACGUGCGGCUGUUAAGCUAGAAGCCGAGCAGGAAACAGAGAUGGGAAGCUCUGCUCUGCUCACGGUGGUGCUAGCUGGGGUGCUUCUGUGGAUCUCUGCUAUCCAUGCAGACUCUGAAGACGAUGGGAAGCUGCUGUGCACAUGCGAGAACAACAAAGGCACAUGCGUGAAUGGAACUUGCAGAGGUGACAUCUGCUUCUACACCUGGGUGCACGGCAGUGAGGAGAGGGGCUGUUUCUCCAGGGCUAACUACAGGGAGCAGUGCUUCACCUCCUUUGAGCGCUUCUUUGUCCACUGCUGCCACGAGAAUCAGUGCAACGAGUUCAUCACGCCGCCUCCAAACAUUAAUGGAGAGUCGACAACAAAGCCCCCAGAACUCAGUCAUCCGGAGCUGUGGAUCACGGUGUCUUUGCUCCUGCUGAUCGUGACUGCCAUUGUGUGUGGCCUGGUGCUGUUCCUGCGCUUCCGACAUGCACUCUGCAAACCGAGACACACUGAAGACCAUGACGCCACCAUGCUCAAGGUCCCGAAUGGAGAUGACCCCACAUACGGCGAUAUCUUUGAUGAGUUUUGUACAUCAGGAAGUGGGACAGGGCUGCCCUAUCUGGUCCAGCGGACUAUGGCCAGACAGAUCUCACUUGUCGAGUGUGUCGGUAAAGGCAGGUAUGGGGAAGUGUGGAGGGGAACUUGGAUGGGAGAGAGUGUGGCUGUCAAGAUCUUCUCCUCUAGGGACGAGCAGUCCUGGUUCAGAGAGACGGAGAUCUACAAUACUGUACAGCUGCGACACGACAACAUACUGGGUUUCAUAGCCUCUGACAUGACAUCCAAGAAUUCCAGUACCCAGCUGUGGCUCGUCACCCACUUCCAUGAGCUGGGCUCACUCUAUGACUUCCUGCAGUACAGCAGCUUGGAGCCUGAGAGCUGCCUGAGGAUGUGCCUAUCUGUAGCGUGUGGCCUGGUCCACCUCCACACUGAGAUUGUCAGCUCCCAGGAAAAGCCGGCCAUCGCACACCGAGACCUGAAAAGCAGAAACAUCCUGGUAAAGCGCAACGGGCAGUGCUGCAUCGCCGACCUAGGCUUGGCUGUGAUACACUCUCAGUCCCAUGACUACCUUGAUGUGGGCAACAACCCUCGUGUGGGGACCAAGCGCUACAUGGCCCCCGAGGUGCUGGAUGAGACUAUUCGUAUGGACGUCUUUGAGUCUUACAAGCAAACCGACAUCUGGGCCCUGGGCCUGGUCUUCUGGGAAAUUACCCGCAGGACCAUCGUCAAUGGGAUCGUGGAAGAGUACCGUCCUCCCUUCUUUGACCUGGUGCCCUUAGAUCCCAGCUUUGAGGAGAUGAAGAAGGUGGUGUGUGUGGACCAGCAGAGGCCCAGUCUUCACAACAGGCUCCAUUCCCAUCCUAUCCUGUUGGCCAUCGUGAAGAUCAUGAAGGAAUGUUGGUACCAGAGCCCACAGGCCCGCCUCACAGCCCUGCGGGUGAGGAAGACUCUCUCCAAGCUGGACCACGACAGCGACUUCAGCAUCGAGAAACUUAAGUGGGACAUCUAGACCAGAGCAACGGGAUGAAACGGGAACAAAAGAUUGAAAACCCCAGAAGGGGUUUUUGCACCACAUUCCAACAGCACAAGGUGCAUAUCAUUAGCAUAUUUUGAGCUAAUGACUCACACAGUCACUGCAUUAUAUUAAAAUCAUAUGACUUUGAACAGUAGUGUCUAGACUGGCUCACACCCAGGGCUGUUUUUUUUUUUGUUUUUUAUAACAUAGCCCAUUUUCAUCUACCAUAUUCUCUCCUGGUGCCCCCUAAAGAAAACUACAGUAUUAAGACCAAAAAUAUUUAUCAAGGUAUUUUUCUUUUUGUUAUGUUCAGCUGGUAAAACUUUUCAGAUAUUUCUACAAUAGAAUAAUUAACCAAACAAUUCACAGGCUGUGCACACGCAGGGUUUUAAUCAUUGUGUCCCCCAUCAUCAUGACAGAAAGGAAAAUCUUGCACAAUUACUCAUCCUGUUUCUGAGGUUGUAAUUCUGUUUUUUCUCUGACAUUCAGUACAAUUGCACUCACCGGUUUUCCCAUAAUGACCAAAGCCACAGAAAGUCACAGAGGACUCGUUCUUUUACUGUGAACACAGGAAAUAUUUGAGUAGUAACAUGCUCAUACCAAAGCACAUUACCUGUUGUGGAAGCAUAUUUAACUUAUAUAGAAUAAGUAAGAGAGAGUAUUUACCAUCUGCACACAGGCACAUUGAGCUAUUUAGUUGUACAUAUUCUAACAGUAUUGAAGCUGUUGGCUUGUAUCACCGCUGAUUUUAUUGUAAAUACAUUUCAAAGUAUUUUCUAUUAUUCAACAAUGAGACACAUUUAUAUACUUUUUUUUACAACACAAUUAUUUUUUUACAUUUCUGUAGGCCUAAGAUGUACCAUCACCAUAACUAUGGUCAGUAAAGGAAUUCACAAACAGACAUGUAAUAUUGUAUGUGGAGAAUAAAGGAUUGUAUUUUU